AUGUGCGAUGACUUGUCCAAAAGAAUGCAGGUGGCCGCAGAAGCACCUGAACUACAGCCUCCCAGAACGAGUCUGCAGAAUGAUGUGCCGGCAGCUGAAGCCACGAACGUAGUGGAGAGCAAGAGCGGAACGGUGCCAGCUGAUGCAGAAGAGCAGGAGCUGAGAAGCCAGCCAGGAGGGACAAGUGCUGGCAAGGAGUCUCAAGAAUCUGGAGCUGCAGAGAACUCUUUUGUCCCGCCUGUCAGCGAGCAAGACCGACAGAUCCAGGCUGUGGAGCCAUCAGCUGUUGAAGACGAGGCCAAAACGAGUCGGGAAAACAUGCAGGCCACGGCUGUGCAGGCAGCUGGACUUCUCAUGAUGACCACUCCGUCGGAGGGCGUGCACGAGCUCCAAAGCGGUGAGGAGGGGCCAGUGGCGGCUGAAGUGAUCCUUGGUUGCAGCGAAGUGCGGUGCAAAGCGCAGUGCGCAUGUACCACAACGACAGUGCAAGCUGAGGAUUCGAGCCAACUCUGUGACGGCGGCGCCACUGGCUGA